UCGUCACUUCCGUCUACGCAUGCGCACUCCGGAAAAACCUCCAUGCGUGAUCCCUCACUAGUCAGAAGUAUAGGGAAAGGGCUGAACUGUGGGAAAGGAACCCCGGGACCCUGAGCGCUGAGGUGCAGCCAUGCUGGCGGAUCUGGAUCUGAUUGGGACCAUCCAGGAGGAGGAUGAGGGUCCGGAAGAAGCAGAAUCUGACGAGGAAGAGGAGGAGCAGAAAAUCGUCCUGGGCAAGAAAAAGAAGCAGCAGCAGAGCGGCCGCAGCGGCGACUUCAACGCAGACUUUGUGUUUGGCGAGCGGGACGGGCAGAGCGACGACAGCUGGGUAAUGGCCGACGUCAUGAAGCAACUGAAGAAGAGAGUGGCGACCAGUCUGGACGAGAAGAUCGAAACCGUUAGGAGAAAAAGGAAGAAUCAGGAAAAGGCGGAAAAAGCAAAAUUGGCAGAAAAAUCGGAGGAAGAAGUCAAGAGCGAGGAAGAGGAGUCAGAAAAAGAGGAGGAGCAAAAGGAAGAAGAAGAAGAAGAGGAGGAGAGUGAGGAUGAGUUUUCAUCUGAGGAAGAAAGUGUUUUAACUAAAGCAGACACCCUGAGAGUUAAAGAGAAGAAGAAGAAAAGGAAAGGUGCUGGGGACAGCUCCGGGUUUUUCGAGGAUGCGUCCCAGUACGACGAAAACCUGACGUUUCAGGAGAUGAAUCUCUCUCGCCCCCUCCUUAAGGCAAUAUCUGCAAUGAGCUUCACUCAACCCACGCCCAUCCAGAAGGCCUGUAUCCCCAUAGGGUUACUGGGAAAGGACAUCUGUGCUUGUGCUGCCACCGGGACAGGUAAAACGGCUGCUUUCAUGCUACCAGUCUUGGAGCGUCUGAUCUACAAACCGCGGGAGGCUCCGGUGACCCGUGUCCUGGUUCUGGUCCCGACCCGCGAGCUGGGAAUCCAGGUUCACGCAGUCAGCAGGCUGCUGGCCCAGUUUACAGAGGUCACGACGUGCCUUGCUGUGGGGGGGUUGGACGUGAAGACACAGGAGGCGGCGCUGCGUUCCGGUCCCGACGUUCUUAUUGCCACCCCUGGGAGACUGAUAGACCAUCUGCACAACUGCCCUUCCUUCAGCCUUGACUCCAUAGAGGUUCUUAUCCUGGACGAGGCAGACAGGAUGCUGGAUGAGUAUUUUGAGGAGCAAAUGAAAGAGAUCAUCCGACUGUGCUCCCAUCAGCGACAGACUCUGCUCUUCUCAGCCACAAUGUCGGAGGAGGUGAAAGACUUGGCUUCCGUGUCGCUCCGGAACCCCGUUCGUAUCUUCGUGAACAGUAACACCGACGUGGCCCCGUUCCUGCGCCAGGAGUUCGUCAGGAUCCGGCCGAAUCGAGAGGGCGACAGGGAGGCAGUUGCCUGCGCUCUCCUUACCCGCACCUUCCAGGAUCAUGUGAUGCUUUUCACUCAGACUAAGAAACAGGCUCACCGUAUGCACAUCCUGCUGGGGCUGAUGGGACUGCGCGUGGGGGAGCUGCAUGGCAACCUCUCUCAGACCCAGCGACUGGAGUCUCUCAGGCGAUUCAAGGAUGAGCAAAUCGAUAUUCUGGUGGCUACGGACGUGGCAGCUCGAGGUUUGGACAUUGACGGGGUUAAAACGGUAAUCAACCUUACAAUGCCGGGCACCGUUAAACAUUAUGUGCACAGAGUUGGCCGAACGGCUCGUGCCGGCAAGGCAGGUCGCUCUGUGUCCCUGGUGGGGGAGGAGGAGAGGAAGAUGCUGAAGGAGAUAGUGAAGAAGGCCCAGGCUCCGGUCAAGGCGAGAGUCAUCCCUCAAGAUGUGAUCUCCAAGUUCCGAGAGAAGAUCACAAAGUCGGAGAAAGAGAUCUACGCGGUGCUGCAACUGGAGAAGGAGGAGAAGGAGAUGCAGAUGUCGGAGGCUCAGAUCAGCGUGGCCAAGAAGAAGCUGCAGCCAGGGAAGGGGGAGGAGUCACACCCGGAGAGAAGCUGGUUCCAAACAAAGGAGGAGAGAAGGAAAGAGAAAUUAUCGCACGCCCUGCAGGAGUUUGACUUGGCUCUGCGGGGGAAAAAGAAGAGGAAGAAGUUCAUGGCAGACACUAAGAAGAAAGGAGAGCUGACGGCAGAGGAGCGCUCCCAGUUCGAGGUGCUGAAAGCCCAGAUGUACGCAGAGCGGGCGGCCAAGAGAGACCGUAAGCCAAAGAGAGCGCGGGCUAUACCGACGGAGGAGGAGCCAGCAGCUUCAAAUAUAAAAGCCAAGAAGCAGAAGAAAAACACGGUGUUUGACGAGGAGCUGACGAACACGAGUCGGAAAGCUCUGAAGAAGUUCCGGGCCGGCCCCUCGUUUGAAGACCGGAAGCGCCUGGGAAUCAAUCAGAGAAAGAAGGGGAGCAAUUUCAAGUCCAAAUCCCGGUAUCGAAGAAAGUGAUUGGUCGGUUGAAAAAAAGUCAUCUUUGGAUUGUGAAUGAAAGUCCAGAAGAUACUGGGAGAAUAUCUUGGGGGAGAAGGACUCAGAUCCCGCUGCAUUGCAGUGAUAUGGAUCCACAUGUGCCUCGUGUGAUACAGAACCACCUCCCUUUGCAACCCGUAUGGACUGGACCUGUUUUAUGUUGCCAUAACAACAUCCUCUCUGUGGGAGGGGCUGAACAAUUAAACAUGUUUUGUUACUUUU